AUGGAAUUUUGUGAGUACAAUGAGGAAAGGGAGCUCAGCAAACGCUAUGUGAAAUUUGACCUCCAAGAGCUCAUUCGAGCCGCACUCGAUGUUAGUGAGGGUUCGAGAUAUUGCACCCGAGUCCUAAAGUGCUCGGAGGGCUUACACAACAAAGCGCUCAUACUGACAAUGGAUAACGGCGUCGAGGUUUUUACAAAGCUCCCAAAUCCAAGUGCAGGGCCGGCGCGAUACACGACAGCCUCGGAGGUUGCCACAUAUGAUAUGCUUCGUGAGGUGUUCAAACUUCCCUCACCUCGAAUUCUCGCGUGGUCAACAGAUGCGACAAAUAACUCUGUGGGAGCGGAGUAUAUUAUUCAAGAGAAGGUACAGGGUGUACGGCUUGGUUCUGUUUGGAAUCAAUGGCCGCGAGAAGAGAGGGUCAGGUUAAUUAGGCAGGUUGUUGACAUGGAGAAUAAGCUGACUACCGUCGCCUUCCCCUGGCAUGGUUGCAUUUACUAUAAAGAUGACCUUCUUUCCUUGACUGGGGAUGCAAAAGCGCUGACCGUGGAUUCCAUCGCACCGGAAGUUCUUGAACGUUUUGCUAUAGGCCCGCUCACUUCAGCUGAGCUAUGGACCGGGGCUAGGAAGGACAUGAAGUUGGACCGUGGCCCCUGGCUCAGUCCAAUUCAGUACGCCCAGGCAUUGGGGAGCAACGAGAUAGCAUGGAUCAAAUCAUAUGCCAAAUCCAGAAUGAACUACUAUAGGUCAAUGGAAGAUCAAGAACGUCCCGAAGACGGACUCACCCUUCUCACUCAAUACAUGGACGCGGCCUCUUACCUGGUUCCCUCAUCAAACGAUGAAGCAGCAAGUUCAAAUAUCCUAUGGCACCCAGAUCUUCAUCUGGACAAUGUAUACGUGGACCCUAACACCCAUGAUAUUACAAGCAUAAUAGAUUGGCAAUCCGCGUGCGUUGCCCCUUUGUUCUACCAGUCCGGCGUUCCGAGAAUGUUUCGACACCCCGGCCCGGUCCGAGAGGGCUGGGUCAUUCCUGAAAAACCCGAGAACUUUGACAGUCUCAGUGAAGAAGAGCAGAAUAAGAUCCAGGGGGAUUUGGAGAGCGAGACAAUGCAUAAAUACUACGAAGCUCAAGCAUACAAACGAGCACCGCGUCACUGGGCUGUCCUUCAACAGAAGACGGUUCCCAUCAUGCGCAAGCCUGCUUGGCUGGUGACUGGUGUAUGGGAAAGGCAAAACGUUUUCUUCCUUCGACAGCCACUUAUUGCACUUGCUGCGUAUUGGGAAGAGAUCUCUUCAGACAGCGGGCUACCCUGUCCACUUCAAUUUACGAAAACUGACCUCCAGCUUUACUCGGAGGAAGAAGAGACCAUUGAUGGUGUUGGUCAGCUGCUCACGAUACUUCAUGAUCAAGCAUUGCUUCCUCAUGAUGGCAUGGUCAGAUCUAAUGACUAUGAAGCCGCGGUCAAUAUUAGUCGGAAGGUAAAAGAGAUUUUCCUUGGGUUGGCUCAAGACGAAACUGAGAGAGAGCUAUUUUCCAAGCUCUGGCCCUAUCAAGAGACUGAAGAUUAACUAUUGCGAUGGGCCGAGCAAUCGUCAAUCAACCGUUAUGACGGUUGUUAAGCUUCCGAUGGACACCGAAAAGAUAAA